AUGCUCCGAGUCACGGCGCCCGCGGCCCCCGCGCCCGCGCCCGCGCCCGCGCCCGACUACUGGAUCGACGGCUCCAACCGCGACGCGCUGGGCCACUUCUUCGAGCUCGAGUCGGAGCUGGGACGGGGUGCUACAUCCAUUGUAUACAGAUGCAAACAGAAGGGAACUCAGAAGCCUUAUGCACUCAAAGUGUUAAAGAAAACAGUGGACAAAAAAAUCGUGAGAACUGAGAUAGGAGUUCUUCUUCGCCUCUCACAUCCAAACAUCAUAAAACUUAAAGAGAUCUUUGAAACUCCUACAGAAAUCAGUCUGGUCCUAGAACUUGUCACAGGAGGAGAACUGUUUGACAGGAUUGUGGAAAAGGGAUAUUAUAGUGAACGAGAUGCUGCAGAUGCUGUUAAGCAAAUCCUGGAGGCUGUUGCUUACCUCCAUGAAAAUGGAAUUGUCCAUCGUGAUCUCAAACCAGAGAAUCUUCUCUAUGCAACUCCAGCCCCAGAUGCACCACUCAAAAUUGCUGACUUUGGACUCUCCAAAAUUGUGGAGCAUCAAGUGCUCAUGAAGACUGUAUGUGGAACCCCUGGAUACUGUGCACCUGAAAUUCUUAGAGGCUGUGCCUACGGACCAGAGGUGGACAUGUGGUCUGUGGGGAUCAUCACCUACAUCUUACUUUGUGGUUUUGAACCAUUCUAUGAUGAAAGAGGUGAUCAGUUCAUGUUCAGAAGAAUUCUGAAUUGUGAAUAUUAUUUUAUCUCCCCCUGGUGGGAUGAAGUAUCUCUAAAUGCCAAGGAUUUGGUUAAAAAAUUAAUUGUAUUGGAUCCCAAGAAACGGUUAACUACUUUCCAAGCUCUUCAGCAUCCUUGGGUUACAGGCAAAGCAGCCAACUUUGUCCACAUGGAUACUGCUCAAAAGAAGCUCCAAGAAUUCAAUGCCCGGCGCAAGCUUAAGGCAGCCGUGAAGGCCGUGGUGGCCUCCUCCAGGCUGGGAAGUGCUGGCACCAGUCACAGUAACAUAUCGGAGAGCCAGAAGGCCAGCCCAGAGUUAUCUCAAAUCCAUGAUGCCAAGGAAGAUGUUCAAGCUCUUACAGGAGAGAAAGUGCCUACAGAUGUCGCCCUAAUGGCAGUUGAAGGGGCAGAGGUUCCAAUGACAGGCUUGGAUAAAGAAGUUAAAGAUGCUGAUAUAAAUGCUGCUGAGGCCUCUGAGAUGGUAUCUGAGGCACUAGAGGAUGGGACAAAGGUGGCAAUGGCAGAUACAAAUGAAGAUGAAGAGGUGAAGGAGGAAGAAGGGGAGGAGAAGGGCCUAGUGAUAAAGUCUGCGGGGGAAGCUAAAAGUCAGGAGAAUCUUGAUCCAAAAGUUGGUGCUCAGCAGAACGACGUGGUCCUGCCAGAGUACUGAAUUGGCUUCCUUCAAAGUGAAAACCAAAUCUCUGCAUCAUUUUUGUCUUUCAUCAAAGAAAAAUGUGGAAGCAUGAUAUGCACUGCUGUUAUUCUGUUUUGAGGUGCAAAAAAUAUAUACAUAUAUAUCAGUUGGUAAUCUUAACUUCAAUGCAUGUGUCUGCUUUAUGAAAAUAAUAGUGUCUUCUAUGAUCUGGUAUAGAUAACUAAUACCAAUGAGUUAAAUUUGAUAUUGCAAGUAAUUACAACAUUUAAAAGCAUACAUUUUCAGGGACCAGUAGUACACAUUAGGGGUAAACAAUAACAGAUUGUUUUUGCUUUGAAAACCUUGUUCAUCUUAUUUGGAUUUCUUCCCAAGGCAGUGAUUACUUUAAACUAUUAUUGCUCAGCCUAUGUUAGGUAUAAGAUGUGUUCCCAUGAGCAUCACAUUUUCCUUUUCAUAAUUAUUCAUAAGAACAUGGUUAUAGAUUAUAGUUGUAUGGUUUGU